GAGAGAGAAAGGAGUCCUCAGACAGACCUGUGUGGUGGAUCAGCUCUGAGGGAGUGUGUAGAAUCAGGUUCCUCUUCCUCCAUCCUGGAUCUCACCUGCUCAGACCUGCUGCUUCAGCCCAACAUCUCUGCGUCCUCCUCCGUGGACGGGGUCUCCGAGGCCCACCAGCAGGGCUUUCAGGUGUCCAGGGGCUCCACCUUAAACAUCAGCUGCUCCAUCCAGCCACAGUACCCAGGAGGCUCCUUCCAGCUCACCUUCACCUCCUCCAUCAUAUCAACCAACUACACCCAGCCAGCUGUCAAUCACUCUGCCCACUUCCUGUUUCCUGCCGCAGAGCCCGCCCACCAAGGAAGCUACAGCUGUGUUUAUCGCGUCCAUGUUUUUUCUCAAGACUUCUCCUCUGAGAGCCGUCGGCUGUCUCUCACUGUCUCAGAUCCAACAGGUCUUCUCAUCAUAUUGGUCGUCCGGCCGCUGACUCUGCUGCUGCUGUUGGUGUUGGUGACUGCUGCCCUUUAUUUCUACUAUAAGGCCAGCAGGGGGCAGAAGCCGGGCAGGCAGGAGGACAUUGAGCUGGAAUAUUAUAACCUGGGUGUUUGUGCAGUUUAAGGAGGGCGACUGAAGAGGAAGGAGCUCAGGGAGCAGAGUAGGACCUCCAGGGAUCAUCUCAGCUGCCUCACAACCCACCAUCAGCUCAGUCCAGGAUUUUACACUUUUAUACUGAUGUUCCCUUUAAACAAUCCGGCUGGAAUUAUUAGAUUACAUUAGAAACUCUAUUUUUAUUACUCUCAACAUGAAAAGAGCAAAACCAACAGCGUGUCAGUCUUUUCAGACUUCCUGUCUGUGGCUCUCAGCUCCAAGCCCAUUGGUUCCUCCUGAAGACGUCAAGCUUUAAAAAAAGCUUCCUCACAAAUAUGGAGUUUCAUAUUAAAACUAAGUAUCAGGGUCCAAACACCCGGCACAGUUCAGAACCAGAGCCACGCCGACCCAGGAGGAUCUGGUGUAGGCAGUGUGGAUGAACCUUACCUGGCAGCAGGAGGGGGAAGAGGGGAAAAUAAUCUUUAAGAUUCUCUACUCAAAGUGUCUUUAUUAAAAUAUAAAUCAGCAAAAAGGUUCAAGCAACAUAGCGUGGAAUGGAAUCCCCUCUUUCUUUUUCUGUCUUUUCCACCCUCAAAAUACCAAAAACUGAAACUUUGUUUUUUAACAAUUUCAUAUUUGUGGAUACAGAAUAUUUUGUCAUGAAGGAAUUUUGCUUUUAGCUUCUUUUAUAAUCACGUUGAAUCCUUUAGUAAUUAAGGAAGUUGCUUAUUUCAUUAGAAUUUCUCUUUGCUUUUUACUUCGCAUAUUUUUUACGCAUUUGCUGUGAAAUAUCCCCAUAACUGACCAAAUAAUCUGAAUAGAUAUAUGAAGCUUGAAUAAAAAAAUAAAUGAAUAAAAAUGAGACUAGCCUAUCUAGUGCCUAGCCCCCCGAGUUGAGUGAUGUGUUCAGUUUCCUUGUCUGUUACCACUUCCUGUUUUGUUUCAGUUACUCAUCUUGUGUCUCGUCUCAGG